AAAAAAAGUUGAGUGAGGGGAAAACUAAAAAUAAACGGUAAUUAAAAAGUUGUCAGGUAGUAAAGUUAACAACAAAACGCACAGCAGCACGUAAACAAGUCUGCAAGUUAAUCUAUUUUAAAGAAUACACCAUGUCUUAAUCUUAGAAUUGGCAUCUCUCCUGUGUUUUACAUACUUCUAGCUGUCUCACACGGCUCAUGCCAAGCCUAGCUCUUUUUUUAGUGUUAGUGAAUGUUUAUUAAGAAGUGUCUGGUCUGAAACACCAAAAGAAAAACAGGACGGAACGUCUGUGACAGACAGACAGCCACAUGAGUACACUACUCACCAUGCGUGACCACAAGGCUAAUCGAUAAUCAAUAACAUGCUAUCAUGUGUUUGUCUUAUGUCAACUCCCGCCUCACAUCCCGUGUGACACAUGAUUUUACUGUAUGGCGUCCUCAUAUUCAGUCCAAAGUUGGAGACUUUAUCCUUUUAUGACGCUUAUAUCUUCUUGUCUAAGCACAUAAAGACAGAGAUAUAGAGGGAACAGGGACUGACGGACGUAGGGAGUUCAACUUUAAAAGGGCCAGAGAGAAAGACAAAAGGAGAGAGAGAGAGAGAGUGAUACAGGGUGAUACAGGGUGACUGAAUGAAUAUAGUCGUUGUCACACCAUAACGUAGCAGUCUUCACUGACAACAGUAGAGCGCGCAAACCACUAGCCUAAACAUGUCCGACCUGACCUACGGAGAGCAGACUAACAGGAAUAAACUGACGGAUCACAACAUGAGCGCGGAUGAACUUGUUUUCUUUGUCAAUGGAAAAAAGAUAACAGAGAAGCAUGCGGAUCCAGAGAUGACACUGCUGACAUACCUCAGGAGAAAGUUGGGUUUGACAGGUACUAAGCUGGGCUGUGCAGAGGGAGGAUGUGGAGCCUGUACUGUGAUGCUCUCCAAAUAUCAGCCCCAUCUCAGAAGAGUGCUGCACCUCUCGGUGAAUGGUUGUCUGGCCCCUCUGUGUUCUCUCCAUCAUUGUGCUGUCACCACGGUGGAAGGCAUCGGCAGCGUGGCAGGGAAACUGCACCCUGUACAGGUAAGAACAGUGUCUGUGACCUGUGUGGGCCACAUCAUAGGAGCGGUAGUAGCAGACACUCAGGCUCACGCUCAGAGAGCAGCCAAGGCCGUGAGGAUCACCUACCAAGAACUACAGCCUGUAAUCAUCACCAUACAGGAUGCCAUUACACAUCAGUCCUUCUUCCAGCCUGUUAGAACCAUCCAGAGAGGAGACCUGGACCAGGGGUUCACACAGGCUGACCACAUUCUGGAGGGUGAGAUGCAUAUGGGAGGCCAGGAACACUUCUACCUGGAGACCAACGUUACUGUAGCUGUACCUAAAGGAGAGGAUGGAGAGAUGGAGCUGUUUGUCUCUACUCAGUCUGCUACCAAAACCCAGUCUCUGGUAGCUAAGGCGUUGGGUGUCCCGGCCAGUAGAGUGGUGAUCAGAGUGAAGAGGAUGGGAGGAGGAUUCGGAGGGAAGGAGAGCAGGUCCACCAUCCUGUCUACCGUGGUCGCUGUGGCCGCUCAGAAGUUGAAGAGGCCAGUGAGAUGUAUGUUGGAUAGAGAUGAAGACAUGCUGGUGACGGGGGGACGACACCCCUUCUAUGGACGUUACAAGGUGGGCUUUAUGAAGUCAGGUAAAGUGGUGGCUCUGGAAGUGACCUACUACAACAACGCAGGAAACUCCAUGGACCUCUCUCUCUCAAUCAUGGAACGUGCUUUGUUCCACAUGGAGAACUCUUACAGCAUCGCUAACAUUAGAGGGCGUGGCUACCUAUGUAAGACACACCUCCCGUCCAACACGGCCUUCCGAGGGUUUGGCGGGCCGCAAGGAAUGCUGAUUGCUGAGAGUUGGAUGAGUGACGUAGCUCUGAGCCUCGGGCUGCCCGCUGAACAGGUACGUCGUCUGAACAUGUACAUCCAGGGAGAGAGGACUCCCUACAGCCAGAUCCUGGAUCACAUCACCCUGGACCGCUGCUGGGACCAAUGUCUGGAGGUAUCAUCCUUCAACCAACGCAGAGCUGGAGUAGAGACGUACAACAGGGACCACCGUUGGACAAAGCGAGGGCUGUCUGUCGUCCCCACCAAGUUUGGCAUCAGCUUCACCGCUCUCUUUCUUAACCAGGCCGGUGCAUUGGCUCAUAUUUACACAGACGGCUCCGUGCUGUUGACUCACGGAGGGACUGAGAUGGGACAGGGUCUACACACCAAGAUGGUGCAGGUGGCCAGUAGGACCCUGGGUAUCCCCAGCAGUAAGAUCCACAUCACAGAGACCAGCACCAACACUGUUCCCAACACCAGCCCUACUGCUGCCUCUGCUUCCUCCGACCUCAAUGGAGCCGCUGUGCAUAAUGCGUGUGAGAUCCUACUCCACCGUCUAGAACCCUACAAGACCAAGAAUCCCAAAGGAUGCUGGGAGGACUGGGUGAACUCUGCCUACUUUGACCGGGUCAGUCUGUCUGCCAAUGGAUUCUACAAGACUCCAGACCUUGGUUAUGACUUUGAGACCAACACAGGUCGUCCUUUCAACUACUUCAGUUAUGGAGUGGCCUGCUCUGAGGUGGAGAUAGACUGUCUGACCGGCAGCCACAAGAACAUUCAUACGUCCAUCGUCAUAGAUGUGGGGAAUAGUCUGAACCCAGCUCUGGACAUAGGGCAGGUAGAGGGGGGCUUUAUGCAGGGUGUGGGUCUGUACACCCUGGAGGAGCUGAAGUAUUCUCCUGAGGGAUACCUGUUCACGCGCGGACCAGGCAUGUACAAGAUCCCCGCCUUUGGAGACAUCCCCACUGACCUCACAGUGUCUCUGCUCCGAGACGCACCCAACGACAAGGCCAUCUUCUCCUCCAAGGCGGUAGGUGAGCCUCCUCUCUUCCUUGCGGCCUCAGUGUUUUUUGCCAUCAAAGAUGCCGUCACCGCUGCCAGGAAGGAGUCAGGCCUUAGUGGGCCCUUCAGAUUCGACAGCCCGGCCACACCUGAGAGGAUACGCAAUGCCUGCGAGGACCGCUUCACCAAACUGUGCCCCCCUGCAGAGCCAGGCACCUUCACUCCAUGGGCUGUCGUAGUGUAAGACGAACAGCACUAGAGAGAGAAGACAUGCAGAGAAGAGGAGAGAGAGACGGAGGGGGAGAGACGGAGGGGGAGAGACG